AGUACUGCUUGCAAGACCAAUGUCAGGAUGACAGCUACAUUCUUUUAGAAUUUAAGAGUAGUAAAGACGUUUGUUUAUUUUUCUCUCGGUGAAAACGGUCCCUUGCGGCUGGCUCUUGUUUUUGGAGGCGUGGUUGCCAGGAGUCAAAAUGACUCCUCCUCGACAUAGAUUUAAUAGGAAGUGAAGCUGUGACGGCGAGGCGUUGCCCGGCCUAUCUUUGCUAGGUGUUCUCGGAGUUAGUUUCGUUUGCCCUCAGUAGACAUGGCGCUGGCCAGCGUGUUGGAGAGGCCGCUACCGGUGAACCAGCGCGGGUUUUUCGGACUCGGGGGUCGUGCGGAUCUGCUGGAUCUGGGCCCAGGGAGUCCCAGUGAUGGGCUGAGCCUGGUAGCGCCCAGCUGGGGUGUCCCAGAGGAGCCGGGAAUCGAAAUGCUUCAUGGAACCACCACUCUGGCCUUCAAGUUCCGCCACGGAGUCAUAGUUGCCGCCGACUCCAGGGCUACAGCAGGUGCUUACAUUGCCUCCCAGACAGUGAAGAAGGUGAUAGAGAUCAACCCCUACCUGCUGGGCACCAUGGCUGGGGGUGCAGCAGAUUGCAGCUUCUGGGAGCGGCUGUUGGCUAGGCAAUGUCGAAUCUACGAGCUUCGAAAUAAGGAACGCAUCUCGGUAGCAGCUGCCUCCAAGCUGCUUGCCAACAUGGUGUAUCAGUAUAAAGGCAUGGGGCUGUCCAUGGGCACCAUGAUCUGUGGCUGGGAUAAGAGAGGCCCUGGCCUCUACUACGUGGACAGUGAAGGCAACCGGAUCUCGGGGGCCACUUUCUCUGUGGGUUCUGGCUCUGUGUAUGCUUAUGGGGUCAUGGAUCGGGGCUACUCCUAUGACCUGGAAGUGGAGGAUGCCUAUGAUCUGGCCCGUCGAGCCAUCUACCAAGCCACCUACAGAGAUGCCUACUCAGGAGGCGCAGUCAACCUCUACCAUGUGCGGGAGGAUGGCUGGAUCCGAGUCUCCAGUGACAAUGUAGCUGAUCUACAUGACAAGUAUAGUGAAUCAACUGCCUGAAAGAGGGUGGAUGUAGCUGCUUGCAUUUCUUGGGGUGACUGUCAUUGGUAAUUUGGAUAUAGCACCUCAUCCUAUCUAUAGUGGAGGAGUCCUCAAUUGUACUGAUACUUAUUUUUAAGCUCUGGAAUAUUGGCCUCCUUAUGUUAGCAGUUGUUAAUGAGCUGCUGCAGAGGCAACUAUUUGUUUUACUUUCCUGGAUGUUAACAUUACACUACUCACUACUCGA